AGAGAAAACGCCUCGCGUCGCGAUUUCGCCUUUCAAAACCUUGCUCCUUACUAUCAAACACAAAUUUGUUGCUCUGAAAAAAUAAGCUUCGGAAUGUGGUUAUCGCCAAUGGCUUGGAGGAAUGUUUGAUUAGUUUCUUGAUGUGGGAAAUUGUUGAUUUUGGGGUACAAUUUGGUCAUAGGUAUGACGAGGAGAUGCUGUGAUAUGCCGGAAGCUGUGUUGGAGGAAAUAUUUUCAUGGCUGCCUCCCGAGUCUUUGAUGCGUUUCAAAUGCGUGAGUAAAUCCUGGUAUGCUCUUAUCAAAUUACUUCUGAAAACCCCAGUUUUCGUGAACAAGCACCUUUGCAAUAUCGACAACAAGAUGUUGUCUUCUACUACAGGUUUAGUUUUCUGUUGCCAUCGACCUGGUUACUGCCCGGAUCCCAGAUUGGAAUUUCUGGGUCCGUUUGAAAUGUACUCAUUACUUACUAUAUUCAAUGAUGAUAAUUUGAGUGAUAAUUUAAAUUAUGUCAGUGAGAAUUUUGAUUUGCCAAUUCCUGAGUCUGAAGUGGAUAUGGCUAGUGUGUUGGGGUCUCACUGUAAUGGGAUCAUUUGUCUUACUGAUUAUUAUCAAACGGUAAUGUUAUGCAAUCCUGCAAUCAAGGAAUGCAGGACUCUUCCGAAACCGUGUCUAUCUAAUGAUGGCUUUGUGGUGCUAGGAGCUGGAUUUUGCUAUGAUUCUAGAGCAAAUGAUUAUAAGGUAAUUAAGUUUGGACUUGAUAGGUUUCUUCCUGAUAGGAUAGAGAAUCCAAAACCCAGAGCUGAGAUAUAUAGUAUGGGCACUGAUUCUUGGAGAGAGAUUGGGAUUCAUUUGGAUUUUAAUGGUUUUCCAUUUCGUAAUGAGCAAGUAUUCUGCAAAGGAGUUUUCUAUUGGUCUAUGUGGGCACGUAGGUACUUUAUCAUUUCUUUUGAUGUAUUUGAUGAGGUAUUUCACAGCAUACCGUUACCAGAUAGUCUUCUUGAGAUAAAAGCCGCACCGCUUAAACUAACUGUAUGGAAUGAAUCUGUUGCUUUGUUUUACUAUUCUGGAGAUGGAGGGGCUCCAAUGGAAAUUGAAGUAUGGGUAUUGGAUGACUGCCAUGGAGGUGUUAAGGGCUUUUGUUCUUGGAUAAAGAAACUAAUCAUUGGACUGCUAGUGGACACUGUGACCCCAUGGACAUUCUGGAAGAGUGAUGAACUCCUCUUGGAAGGAACUGAUGGUGGGUUAGUCUCAUACAACCUCAGCAGCCAAAUGCUGAGAAAUCUUACAGUUUCGGAGUUAGGAAGAAUAAGGCGUUGGGAGUUUUCAUAUGUUAAGAGUUUGGUAUCAGUGUACGGUGGAGGAGCAAUCUUGUUGAAUAAUUGAUGUUCGAUCUGGAAUUGUGUAACUAGAAAAAUGUAGUAGUUAUCUAAUACUUUUUAACACUUGUUUAUCUUUACUUGUUGAAAUAUAUUGAAGUAAAUCUAAAAAAAAACUGUUUACUUUUGUAGUAAUUCAGUAUUUGAUAUAGUUGCACUUGCACUAAA